UGCUUUCUUUCUCUAUUUCUACAAGCCUUCAGCACUCAGCAUUAGCCUGCACCGAGACCGCCGCAGAGCCAAUCGACGAGUACUUCAUCUACUAAAUGGAGGCUCUGGAGCGGCGUGGGGUUGUAGGCAGCUUAACGACUGAGAAAUAUUUGCGAGUAGCAUCCAUUUCCAUUGCAUUUUACGACUAUGUUAUUACACUCCCUGCGGAAUGGCGCUUUUACCGAAGCCAAUCGUCAAUUUUUCAUAUAAGUCUUGCCUGCGCCUUAUUCAUUCUCAUACGUUAUAUUAGUAUUAUAGCCAUGGUAGUUAGCAAUUACGGAUUCUUCUCCACCACCUAUACCUCACAGACGUGUCAACACUACUAUCUUGUGGCGCCUGCCUUCAAAGCCAUACAAACUAUGAUAUCACAGGCCAUCCUAGGUAUCAGGACAUUCAAUAUCGCAAGAAGAGAUAGGCGGAUAGGAAUUGUACUAGUGUUACUAUACCUCUUCUCGAUUUCGGCGGAGUGGUUUUCCGAUCUAUUCCACCGGACUCCCGUUGUUAAUGAUGGAAACUGUACCUCGGCAGAUGCCGGAAAAAUAUUAUCAACCUGGUUCUACUACCUGGCUGUAAUGGUGUAUGACAUCGCCAUGGUGACAAUUUCUACCAUACAUCUUCUGCGUUAUAAUCCUCUCAGUAGCAGAGUAGAACAGCUAAUACGGGUCCUGAUCUAUGACGGCAUCGGAUAUUUUAUCGUGUUGACCGCGGCGAACGUAUUAAAUCUCAUCCUUUAUCGUACGACUGAUAUCAGGACUCAGUCGGCAGGGUCAUCAAUAGGUUAUGCUUUAACGUGGAUCAUGAGCCAACGGAUUCUCAUCCAUAUACGAGGAAUGUUAGAGCCAAACAACCAACACCUGGAAAAUGUGAUCGUCGCACGUCCCACACUCACUGCGCAGAAAAAAGUGAUGUCCGGUCUCCGUUCCCAGUUCGAGUCUAAGAGCCAUUCCAAAGGCUCUAACAGCUCCAAAAACCCCAACGAUGCAGAGCCCAGGCCCAAAUCGCCUCGUAAUUCCAACGACGACAUGGAACUCGGUAUCCGCGUCCGCGUCGAGCGCUCGGUGAUGGUAGAUUACAUGGACGAUUCUGAGCAUUCAAGUUCGUGGGUAAAAUGAAUCUGAGGCACUGACGCCUGAGACUAUGACAAAGAGGAAAGACUAUAUGCUACGAGAUAAUACCCAACGUACGAUACUAGCGUAUAUAUACCUACCCAGUGCUAUUAUGGAAAUCUUGGUCCCCGUUCACAACAAAGAUACACAUAUCCGUGCUCCCGCGCCACUGCACGAGUUUCCUGUGACCGGGCUUGUUGGCAUUCUCCAUGUUGGAUCAUACUGUGAAGCGCUAUGAUUGCUAGUCGUUAAUCGGCCUUGGAUCGACCGAUUUACCUUCCAGUAGUGUUGUGCAAAGCCCGACCUGAAGGCCUGAAGCCUAGGUCGACCCGGCCCGGGCUUUGGACAAGGGCCUAGUAUGCUUGAGCCGUGACUAUGACGCCCU